CAUCUUUGUCAAGUGGGUAACCUUUGUUGAUUUGUGUGAAAUGUGACGCCGUUGUCGCAAGAUAAUUGGUAAUCGUGAUUAAAUAUCCCGUGAAACAGUAUCCAGUGAUCCCUGUGCCAUUUUACUCUGGAUUUAUACAUGGAAUUACCGCGAUCAGGGUCAGCAUAAGAAGUGCGGCGCGACCUUGACGCAUGGAGAUGUGAAACAGCAUCAACUUUGUAGAAAAAUCGUGCGAGGCAACGAGUUGUUAGGCGCAGAAUGUGAGUAAGUCGUAAGGGCUGACUGUGAAAAAUUGACCCGGAGGCGUUCGGGCAUUGUCAAUCGGGUGUAUAUAAUCUGGCCUGGUACGUGAACGUCGCCGCCGGUGUCGCCGCCGCCGCUUUCGUCGGCAGACGGCCGACCCUGACAAGCCAUGGACGAUCCCGAGUCCGCUGACACGUGGUUGGCCUGGUUCCUGGACGCGAUCCGAAAAAUCCGCAGCCAGAAACAAAGGCCGAGUGUCGAGCGGAUAUGCCAUGCCAUUCGCCAACACCAUAACUAUCACGAGGAGGAGAUCGCCGAACACCUGGAAGUUGCAGUGAAACGUGGCGAUGUGCUCAAGAUCUUUAAUAAGGGACAAUCGUCGUACAAAGAUCCGGGUGGCUUGCAGUCGAAGCCGCUGAAGGUAGGCAAAGCUUCGGAUCUGAGCAAGGUACUGAGCAAGGCUGUCAGAGAGUUAGGCGAAAGGGAGGGAUCGACCCUGAAGAACAUCGAGAAAUACAUCAGACAGAGUCACACGGUCGAAGAAGAAGCGGAAGGUGACUUGAGAACAGCGCUUAGGUUAUCUGCUAAAAGGGCAGUCGAUCGAGGACUUGUGAUCCAGGAUGGUAGACUUUUCCGGCAACCGGACAGGCCACCUUGUCUCAAAAAACACGGGGAUAACGCUCACGUUCCCCCGCCGGAACCGCCAGUGAAUAAGCUGCCAGCUCCACUACCGAUCUGCAGAGAAUGCCUUGGCGCGACGAUAGCUGGAAGCAAUAAUAACACGAAGCGGAACGUCAACGAGAAACUGAGCAGGUGUAGCGUAUGCGGCGCAGCUUUACACAAUUCUUGCGCACCGCCGGAACUUUCGAUUCUCGUUGACAGAGGUAUAACGUGGUCUUGUGACGAUUGCUCGCCAACGUGUGCCGGGUGUCAGUUGGAACGGGAGUCACAAAAUUACCUGGUAAAAUGCGCUGGCUGUGUUAAGUGUUAUCAUCCGGCUUGUUUGGACCCGGCGCUUGACAAAAAGAACAAAACACCGUGGAGAUGUCGGCAUUGUCAAACGGCGCAUACCCCGGUAUCGAAGGACGAUAGCAAAAGAAAUAAAACACAGGACACGGCAAAUUCUGUCGAGAGCACGCCGACUAGCGCGAGGAAGAGACUUAGCAAAUUACGUGAAAAUAGAAAAGCGACAGUAUCCAGAAAGAGCCUGACGGUUUCAACUGCGGUGAAGAAAAGCGGCGCAGGAGUGGCACAGGUGGACGGCAGCUCGGACGGUAAUGCGGGUGUUGUCUCCCCUCGUCAACCACCUUUGAUUUCCUCUCCCUUACCACAACCCCCCACCCCACUCGCAGGCCAGGGUAGGCUACUAGAAGAGAAAAACGAUCGGAUUUCCAAAGAGAAGCAAAAGUUUUUUAGGCUGAGUGCGUUUAAUGCGGAGCACAAUAAGUUGAAGCGGGUGGGGGGCGGUGAGAAGUCGAAAUGUUCGCAGGACGUUAGUCCUAGAUUAACUCGGGGUAACGCGAACCAGAAGCAGCAAUCCAUGCUCGGUAAAAAGGUAGUAACGCCAAUGUCUAGUAGUAGCAGCAGCAGCGACGCGAGCGAUAGCGAUUCAUCCGACGACUCGAGUGAUACGACCGAUGAUGACGACGAAGACGACGCGGAGGAGGAGGGGAACGGACAGGGGGGAGAAGAGGAGGAAGAGGUGAAUGGUAAUAGCUCUAGCGCAUCCAGUAAUACGUCCACUUCGGACGAGGAUGACGACGACGACGAUGACGACGACGACGACGAUGAAGAGGAGGAUGACGACGGCGACGAUGGUCACAAGAAACGUCGUGCUGUUGUCGUCGGUAGUAGCGGUGGUGGUGGUGGUGGUGGUGUUACCGGUACCGAUAAUUCUCCUAAGCCAAGAGGUCCGUUCUCUUGUGAUUUGAACGAGGACAAACCUUGGGGUUUUGCCGCAGCCGCGGCCAAGCUCAACAUGGAGUCACCGUUUUUUAGUAACAUUACCAGCACCUUCGGCGCCCCGUUACCUAAGCUCGAUGUAAGCAGCACGCCGACGUUUGGCUUGCACAUACAGCCAGCUGUUAAUUCGUUCGACGGAAAGAAGAAACAGAAGAACGAUCGAAGUAUCAGUGGUAUAACGAACAGUUUCACCGACACGAAUAAGGUUAAACCUGGUAGCGGCCAGUUGAAAGGUCUGUUCGAUGGAUUGAGUCACUUUUUUUCAGUACCUACUAGUAGCAGAGUAAGAUCUAGCGCGUUGACGCCUAAUUACGCGCCCGACAGAAGAAAGCGGCCUAACGCGGACGACAGCGAUAACAGAACGAGUAAAGUUUCCAAAGGAAUGCAGAUUAAUAAGAUCAAGCGUGACAACGCGUCGUCUGGUUUAGGCAAGUCGAAAGAGAAAAAAAAGACGGAGGCGGCGGGGGCCGACGUGCCGAGGGUACCUCGGCCUGGGAUUUUCACACCUUCCGACGAAACUUUAUUCAGUUCUCUCAACGAGAAACUACCAAAAAUGACACCGUCGAAUUUAGUUAAAACUGCGGUUAAUAGCAAAAGGCACGAACACGAAAGGAGGAAACUGAUGAAAGAUGACGCGCCGUUAGUAAAGUGUGCGGCUAGCGCAUCAUCACCAUCGUUGCCACUGCCGUUAUUGUCAUCGUUAUCGUCGUCGUCGUCGUCAUCGUCAUCGUCCUCGUCGUCGUCAUCGUCGUCAUCAUCGUCGUCGUCGUCAUCGUCAUCGUCAUCGUCGUCGUCGUCGUCAUCGUCUUCGUCGUCGUCAUCGUUUCCAUUACCGUUACCGUUAUCGUCACCCUUGCCGUUACCGUUGCCAUCAUCAUCAUCAUCACCGUCUACUUUGCCGUUGUCCUCGCUGUCGUCAUCGUCGUCCUCACCAUCAUUGCUGUCGACGUCAUUGCCGGCAUCAUCGGCCCUUAGGCCCGAUCAGCAUUCGCGAAAGAGAAACACACUCGUGGAAGGGAACCAGACACGCCACCCUGUGCCCGCUGUAUCGAAAUCCGGCCUGAGCUCCGAUCCCGUGAAAUCAAAUCCCAGCCUAAAGUCCAAUCCACGAGCCUGUACUAGCGCCACCACCACCAACACCACCACGACACCCCGCGCGACACCCUGCUCCACCAGGAAGGAGGAACCGAUUCUACCUCAGACCUUACCACCGGGUGUCACGCAAAAGGAUGUUGAGCUGUUUAAGGAUGCCCGGGAUAGAGCGGCUCGGUUAACCGCCGUGAAUGGUGACGCAGUGGAAACCACGACAGUAAGCCUUGGGAGCAGUACAGGAAAUACAGGGAGUGGCAUUAGGAAUCCCGCGGCCAUAGUUUUCGGCCGUUAUGAAGUAGAGACCUGGUAUUCCAGUCCGUUUCCCCAGGAGUAUGCAAGACUACCAAAACUGUUCUUCUGUGAAUUUUGUUUAAAGUACACGAAGAGUCGAGCUGUACUUGACAGACACAUGGAUAAAUGUCAGUGGAGGCAUCCUCCGGCAACUGAGAUCUACAGAUGCAACGGAUUGUCUGUGUUUGAGAUCGAUGGUAACGUCAACAAAAUAUACUGUCAAAAUCUGUGUCUGCUAGCGAAAUUGUUCUUGGAUCAUAAAACCUUGUACUACGACGUGGAGCCAUUUUUGUUCUACGCGGUAACGAAAAAUGACAAGUAUGGCUGUCAUUUGGUUGGUUAUUUCAGCAAAGAGAAGCAUUGUCCCGCGCAGAGAUACAACGUGUCGUGCAUCAUGACAUUGCCGCAAUAUCAGAGACAAGGAUUUGGCAGAUUUCUCAUUGAAUUUAGUUACCUUCUGUCGAAAGUGGAAGGCAUCCCCGGCACGCCAGAGAAACCUCUUUCGGAUCUCGGUCGAGUGUCGUAUCACUCGUUCUGGAAAAGCGUCGUGCUUGAAUAUCUUGACGCCCAUCGAGAUUCCACGGAUAUCAAACUGGGAGAUAUAACGAAGGAGACUGGCGUGUCGGCACACGAUAUCGCAACUGCUAUGCAACUGCUGGGGUUCGUUAGAUCGGUCCAUUUACCCGGCGAGGGGAAUUCCAAAGUGGCUGUGGUGGUCGAUUGGGGCAAAGUGGACGCUCACAUGGCGAAAAUACGAAAGAGCUCGCGCAUCAAGUUAGAUCCUGACUGUCUUAGAUGGAUACCGCUGCUCACGCAGAUUCCCAAUCCGUAUCAAAGUAUGGAGGAAAGUGGCGACACUAGUUCCGAGUCUUCGCCCGUAGUGGAACCGAAACACGUGCCGACGAUCGUCGAGAAGAUUCAAAAGGUUAAGAUUAAAAAGAAACCGAGAGGCAGGAGGCUAGGGCAGAGGCGAUCCUCGCCAUUCAAACAGAAAACUAGCAUUUCGAAAUUAAGCACUUUGAAAUCGAAUGGACAGAAGAAUUCUGUUUCCAAGGAUGCGAAAGAACCAAGAGACGCAAAGGCGCUGAAAGAGGCAAAGGAAGCUAAGGAGACGAACGCGGUCAAGGAGGCGAAAGAAACGAAAGAAACGAAGGACACGGAGAAAAGGAGUCGAAACGCUGUUGCCACGGAAAAUCCUAAAGAAGCCAUGGAGGUGGAAACGAAGAGCGCUACGACAUCGUCGAGGAACUCUCGCGCGCUGGCUGCUUCAAAAAACAUGAACUCGAUGAAUUCAACGACGUCAUCUACGACAACGACCACGACUACUACUGUAGCGACAACCACCACCACGACGAUGUCCAGACGAAGAAUUAGAACGCCAAAGACACCUCUGGGUAGCGCCUCGGUAACGACGGCGAUGACUACAACAACGUCGACUCCCCUGCGAAAACGAAAACAUUCCGAAAAGACUGACGUUGAAGAAAAGGAGGAAGGUAGUUCUCGAAAGAGAACUCGAGAAUCGUUGCGCGAGAAAGAAAAGGACAAAGAACGAGAGAGAGAAAGAGAGAAACUCAAGGAGCGUGAUAAACCGAAAGAGAGGGAUAGUCAUCCUAAAGAUAAGGACAAGGAUAACAUGAACGAGGUGGAGAAGUCGUCUUCUAAGGCGAUGGAAUCGUCUGUGUCGUCGGUAACGCAGAAACCUACGAAAAAGCAAUGCAAGGUUGACGAUAUUUUGUUGAAAGUGACCAGCCGACAAUCCAAGUUACACUUGCAAACGAAACAGGCGAAAGAAAAGAAAAAUUUGGAACAGAGCCAGUGUAAUGGGAAAGAAGAGGCAAAGGAGGUUAAAAGUUUGCCGGUGUCGAGACGGGGGAGAGCAAAAGUCGAAAAGGAGGCUCUAAAGAUGCCACAGUUAAAACCGGAAACCCCUACGAAGGAUCGACCGGAAACCCCUGUGAUACUUCCUCCAUCGUUAUCUCCGCCGCCAUGCUCUGAAGAGAUCGAAUCUCUCUCGAGUGUUAAGCAACAAUCGUCUCCUGUUGCAGAGCAGCUACUUACAGCCCCUGCCAAGAAAGAGAUUUCCAACGCACCGGAAACUGUGAAGAAUAGAGACGACGUUGUUGAACAAACUGAUAAUGCCGAUGGCGGUAGCACUGACGAUGCUUGUGGAUCGACCGUUCUUCCGGAAGUAGAAGCAACUGUAUCCGCUAGCCCGGGAGAGUACGAGGGAGGAGACGAGGACGAGGGCGAAGAAGAAGUACCUGCACCGAAAUUGAAACCUAUGACAAACGCGAAGACCGAUUUGAGCGAACGAAGUGAAAAAUCAGAGGACGACGCGCACGAGAAAAAGCUCGAAGACGACACCGUCGCUUCCUUCACGCCGAAGCCGAUGUCUGAAUCGGAAUCGGCUAUGUUGGAGGAAGAAGUACAAAGAGGAGAGAUUGAAGAGAGAGAAGGUGAGGUAGCAGUGGACAAGGGUGAAGGCGAGGCCGAAAGAGAAGAUGAAAGUGAACGCGAACGAGAUGGCGAUGGCGAAGGAGUAAUGGAGACAGCGGAAGGAAAGGAGGAGGAGAAUACACUUGCAAAGGGGGAAUGUGACAAAGAUUUAGAGACUGAGAAAGCAGUUUGUAGUUCGGAAACGUCUAAAUUGGUACCUGAUCUUUCUUCGCCUAAAGAAGAAGAAGAAAUUGAAAAGUUGAAAACUGUUAGUCAAGAUGUAGGUAGCUGUAGAGAAACUGACGGAGUUUCCGAGAGAUUAACGUUAAAGAAUUCGAAAGAAGAAUUGACGAGGCCAAAGAUAGAAACUUCACCUGCAACGCCCACAGAGAGAAAGGAAUCGUCCUCUGCUGUUUCCAAUAUCGCGUCGCCUGAAACAGGGCCGUUCACGCCCCAAGAGAAAGUCUUGCCCAUUAUCGAGCAGCAAGAAACGACUAUCCACCUUCAAACUCAUUCAGAAGAAUUGAAACAGAAUUCGCCCGAAAGUGGUAAGACAACGCCUCACUUGGACAAUCCCGGUUCGGUGAAACGGACACCCCCUUCGCAACCUGAUUUACCGUCUAUGGGAGUUUAUACGCCGGAUUCGACCACGAAUUCGGUGCACUCGUUGCAUUACGGCCAAUGCGACUUGGACGUUAGCCAGUUAGGGCUGGAGUCUCCUACGUCGAUCGCUAGCGACCUUGCCUCGCAGAACAGCGUCGAGAGACCACCGAGCGCGUUGCCAUCGAUGCCAUCUUCUGUUAGCGUACCAAUUUCGGUGUCGAUGCAAAUAACUACGCCGGUCACAUCCGCCGCUGUAAAUAUUUCACCGCAAGUACAGUACGCCGAUUGUUCAAUGCCUCAGCAUACUCCGUCGACGCACGUCAAUAUUCAUCCGAUGCAUCAACCUCCUCAUACACCGCAGCCUCUUCAGCAGCCACGUACACCGCAGUCUCACACGCCUCAAAGUAUACCAACGCAAAGCCCACAACCUCUUCCGCAAAGUCAUACGCCGCAGCCGUUACCUCAGUCUCACACGCCGCAGCCACUCUCUCAGUCUCACACGCCGCAAAGUAUUCCGACGCAGAGUCCUCAACCGAUGCGACAGAGUCACACGCCGCAGCCUUUACCACCGUCCCACACACCUCAACCGAUGCAAUUGUCGCUGGCUCAACAAACGCAAAACCAAAGUAUGACGCACGGUCAAUCUCAGCAGCAGCAGCAGCAGCAGCAGCAGUCUCAAGCACAGCAACAGUCUCAACAGCAGUCCGCGCAUCAACAGCAACAGCAAUCGCAGCAAACGCAGUCUCACAGUAACAAAAGGGCCAGUGGCUCGCAAACGACUCACAGGUCGAGGUCGGCGCAGCAGAGUAGCAGAUCGCAUCGAACCACACCCCCUACGUCGCACGCUCAGGCCUCGUCUCAAGGCCAUACGACUUCCCACACGAGUCACACGAGCUCCCACACGAGCCACACAAGCUCCCACACGAGCCAUACAACGAUAGCGCAUACAACGCACGUACCGCCGCAGUAUCAGCAAUCGUCGUCGAUGAGUGUACCACCUGUACCUCAUCCGCAUUCUCAUACUCAUGCUGCUCACUCGCACAACAUGGCCGUUAUUUCGCAAGGGAAUUACAUGGCCGUCGCUUCGCAAACCUUUCCAACGCAGAACACGUACGUGAUCCAGCAUCGAAGCAGCAGAUCCGGUGCACCGACACCGUGCACCACAGCGACGAAUUUUUAUAUUCAGACGAGCGCGAUGCCACCGCAUUCGCACACACCGGCCCCUUCUCUGUCAGCUUCUGGAAAUCACCAAACCACGAAUUCAUGCAGUCUAGCAAAGUUGCAACAGCUGACGAACGGAUUGGAGAUGAUACCUCCUACACCUCCGCCGGCGAUGAACCUAACGCCACCGCCGCCAAUACCACACACUAUGACGCCACCGCAAACGUCGAGGCAGUUGCCGACGCCGCCUCAAGUACCCCUUGGUUAUGCAAAAAAUUACUAUAACGUCAAUACGGUUCCGCCUACUACUCCUGGACCGCCCAGUAGAUCGACCUCGAGGUCAUCGGCGAACGCAAAUAUGCCGUCUCUGACACAACCGUAUCCAAGCGAGAGCCUGUAUCGUCAGACUCUCGAUCCUGGAAGUACCUGUCCUCAGAUGCAGAGCGCCGCUAGCAGAGUCAGUCCCAACGUAGCGAUAAAUACGAAUCUCAUGGCCCAGUAUGGCUAUCGUGUGGCACAGCCUGGCACCGGCUACAUGAAUCAAGCGGCGCAGCUCGGUGGUUUCAUGAAUCAAGCCAGCCAGUUACCUGUCGGAGUUGUUAAUGUACCUGCACCGUACCCUCAGGAUCCUCAUCAGCAAAAUCCAGCAGCGGUGUACACGACGUAUCACGGUUACAUAAAUGGCGGUCUUAUGCAGCCUUUGAAUAGUUCGAUGAGGCCACGUUAGCCCCACUUAUCUAAACGCACAUUCUCUCAUUUACAAUAACACGAUACCCCGAACCAAACCGGGGGGGGCAAUUUCCACGUACUAAUGGGUUCAUCGACUAACAAUGAUCGCUUCAUCUUGGACAAGUUAAUGCUCUCUUCUAUACGAACUCUGGACAACUUUUUAGGGAAGAUAUUACCUAUCGAGAGACUUCUUACUACUUCCUUGCAUUCGCUUCCACUUUUAUCCUUUGAACGAACACUGAAUACUAUUUUUCCUGUCUUUCUUUUCCACCGAUAUUUCAUUAUUUUUAACUUACGUUCACCGACGUAUUGUUUUUUUUUUUUUUUUUUUUU